AUGACCGCUAACAGACGGACCCCAGCCGUCUCCGACGCUACUCAACAACCAGCUGCGAGCACCACCUCGGAGCUCAGCGAUACCGUUGGACCACUUGUCACACUCCCGCCUCGAACGCCCAAUCGAACGGUUCGACUUGCUUCCGGCUUUCAGUCUACCCCUCUGGCUGAGCGCAGUACCCAGUCCGUAGCCUACUCGACCACAAUGACAGUCGCCGAGCAGAAGGCCAUCAUCAAAGCCGAGCUCGCGAUCGCCACCGUCGCCUCCACUGACGAGGAUUUCCCUAGACAGCUCUUCCCUGACCCAGGCGACGAUGAGAUUGACGCCUAUCUUAAGGCAACUCCACUGUACGACACGGAGAGUGGUCGAUGGGUGAAGCUUCCGAAGGAUGUCAACUGCGAGGAGAAGUUGAUCAACAUCCCAAUGUCGGAGAUUCUGGGAGAAAUACUCGAGUCUUUCGAUCUUUCUGCCCCCAAUCCCGGCAAUAGGGUGGUUUGGGAUCUUACGACUAAGAAAUCACAGAGACUCGCGCACGAGAAGGAGAUGGCGGCGAAAGAGAAGGAAGAGAAGGAUAGGGUGGCACGGGAGAAGCAAGCGAGGCCGAAAUCGACGAAGGAGAAGGUGGAACUGGCCACGGAUGAAGGGGGAGACAAUGGGCUAGAUGGUAAAGCGGAAGCAGCCAACGGGAAGGGCCAGGAGGAUGGUGCGAAGGAAGCGAAAAGAGCCAAAACUUUCCCGAAAGCGAUGCACCAUUCGGAGGCCGUUCCAACGAAGGCGUAUUCGAUUCCUGAUACGGUCUUCACUGGUACUGGUCCAGGCUUUACCAUCGACGAUGUUGACAUGGAACGCCCUCUCUACCGGGCUUCCUUGGGUGUCGUGGACUACAAGCGGGAUUCCGAACUCGAUGGGUCGAUCACUGAGAACACAGCUCAACUGGGUGUAUACGCACGGCAAGUUAUGAAUCACCAACCCAACCGUAACUUCGUGCGUGCAGCGAACGUGAGCAACGAACGCGUUCGCCUUUUCCAUUUUGAUCGCAGCGGCGUCAAGUACUCCUUGCUUUACAACAUCCACAGCAACCCUCGCAUGCUUGUACGCAUUAUCCUCGGCCUUGUCUCGACGAACCUAGCCGACCUUGGUUUCGAUCCGUCGAUCGUUUGGGAACCCACCGACGACCCUGCCGCAAAGUUCAAGCGCGGUACACUCACCACUCGAACCGCCAACAACGACACAAUUGUCUACGAUAUCGUCGGUGUGGAGCCUUUUUAUCAACGACGCGACUUGGUUGGACGAGGAACACUUUGCUGGAGUAUCGAGAUUCGCACGGCAAGCAAUCGCGACCAGACUGAGGGUCAGGCGCUUUUCGAGAAGGAAGGAUCGGCGGAGCGGGAUGCAGACGUUGUCGCGGGUGAGGGGAGGAAGUCGGAAUCGGAGGCGGCGGACAAUGGGCUGUCCAGCAAGGAAUCAUGGUGCUCGGAAUCGCGGACGUCGGAGGAGGUCUUUCUCGCAGCGGCUGUGGGUGUAAAGGGUGUCGGGCAGAUGGUCGCAUGUGAGGAUGUGGUGGAAACUGCGAGCUUCAGGGGUGCCAAUGCGAUAAACGAUCCUGGCUUCUUGAACCGAAUCAAGCGACGCAUCAUCCUUAAGAAGUACGGACCGCCAAUCCACAAGUUCAAGACGGUACUCGACGUACUCUAUGCAUUGAUCGACGCCAUUCGAGCCCACCAGCGUAUGGUGAAGGAGAAAGGAGUUCUACACCGCGAUAUCAGUGUUAACAAUAUUCUAUUGGGAAUAGCUGGUGCCGACUCUGAGGAGGGAUGGCGAGGAGUCCUUAUUGACUUCGAUAUGGCGAUCUUCCUUGAUCGUGCUGAAGCGCUUUUGAAUGAGCUCAGGACUGGUACGCGCAUGUUCCAAUCCCUCAAUGUUCUCCAAGCAUGGCGUCCACACGACUACUUGGACGACCUCGAGUCGUUCUUGUAUGUUCUGAUUUACCUUGUCCUCGCCUUUCCUGAGCCCAACGUGGAAUGCGAGCUGCCGAAGGAGCUCCAGGAUUGGAACGCGGACAGUCUGUACGAAGCCUACAAGAGCAAGUUGACAUUCAUCACCCACGGCGUUUUGAACUUCGAUGUGCCUCCGAUGUGGGGUUAUCACAUCUCUACACUCGUCGAGGACCUAUGUCGCCAUUUCCAACCCAUCCAUGCCAUGUCUAUUCGCAUUUCUAAUCAAAGGCUACCCAAAGCCCAGCGCGACAAACUGGAAGCCUCGUUUAAGAAGAAGUAUUUGAACGACGUAGACGGGCAGUAUGACGAGAUUGUUGGAUACAUCGAGUCGGCCAUCGAGAAUAUUCUUGCAGGCCAAGACGGCGCUAAUGAGCCUUCCGCUAUGUCCUCCCCCUCUCCCACUCCAGCCCCUCGAAAGGGCGCCGGGAAGAGGGGAUCCGAGGAAGCCUACCCCCAUGACGCCAAGGAGCCUUCCCUCAAGCGAUCUCGUCACUAA